CACCCCGGACGCCCUCACAGAGGGUGCGGUGGGACACUGGCUCUUUCCCGUCACCCUCCGGGUUUCCGCAAGGGAAAGGGUGGGUGGGUUGGUCCAGACAGUGCCCAUGACCUGCCGGGUGCCAUGGGGUCGUGUGAAGGGAAUUCAGGGCAAGCGCCUCUCACACUCGCACGGACGCACACUCGCACACAGAUGCACGCUCGUGCACAGACGCACACUCAUGCACGGACACACAGACACGCAGACACAUUCCUUGAUUCUCCUGUUCCAGGCAGGAGUCCGGGGGCCCCAGGAGCUCGUCCCAAGAGAGAGAGGUGGCACAUCAAGUCCAAACGGGGCCCCCAAGCAGCCCCCAGACGUGUCUCUGUUAGGGGGCCCCCCCACAGCUGCGAGGGCUUCUGGCCAGUCGGCUCCUCCCCCCCUGCCCGCGGCACACACCGGCACCAGGGGCUCCGGGUGCCCCGGUCUCGGCCCCGGCCGGCUCUUCCACCGAGACGCGGCGCUGGGAGCCCUCACGGCUGACGACAUCCGCAGAGCCCGGGAGGCCAGGCGGAAGAUGGGCCUGGAGGAGUCGGCUCGGGCACCUAGGCAGAAGCUCAGCGAGAGAGCCCGGGAGCGGACGGUGCCUGCGUCGCGCGUGGGUCGGCUCGCCAGCUUCGGAGGUCUGGCGGUGGGGCUGGGCAUCGGGGCCCUGGCAGAGAUGGCCAAGAACUCGCUCAAUGGGGAGACGAAGCCAAGGGACGGCAGCGGCUCCGUCCUGGGCUCCAGCCCCUUCCUGUCGGAGGCCAACGCGGCGCGGAUCGUGGACACGCUGUGCAAGGUGCGGGGCGCCGCCCUCAAGAUCGGGCAGAUGCUGAGUAUCCAAGAUAACAGCUUCCUCAGCCCCCAGCUGCAGCGGAUCUUUGCGCGGGUGCGGCAGAGCGCGGACUUCAUGCCGGCCUGGCAGACCAGGAGAGUGCUGGCAGAGGAACUGGGGCAGGACUGGCGGGAGAAGGUGGCCUCCUUCGAGGAGACGCCCUUCGCAGCGGCGUCCAUUGGCCAGGUGCACCUCGGGGUGCUCUGCGACGGGACGGAGGUGGCCAUGAAGAUCCAGUACCCGGGCAUAGCCCAGAGCAUCCGGAGCGACGUGGAGAACCUGCUGGCGCUGCUGAGGGUCAGCGCGGUGCUCCCAGCAGGCCUCUUCGCCGACAACACGCUGCAGGUGCUGCAGAGAGAGCUGGAGUGGGAGUGUGACUACCGGCGCGAGGCCGACUGCGCCCGGAGCUUCAGGCAGCUCCUGGCCGGCGACCCUUUCUUCGAGGUGCCCAGGGUGGUGGGCGAGCUGACGACGCGGCGGGUGCUGACCAUGGAGCUGGGGAGCGGCGUCCCCCUGGAUCAGUGCCAGGAGCUGCCCCAGGACCUCCGGAACGAGAUCUGUCUCAACGUCCUGCGCCUCUGCCUGCGGGAGCUCUUCCAAUUCCGCUUCAUGCAGACGGACCCCAAUUGGGCCAACUUCUUCUACGACGCUGGCAAGCACCAG